CACACUUUUUCUUUUUUUUUAAGCACACUCUUAACUCAUAACAAUAAUAAUAUGCUCCGGUCAGGUGUCAAGACAUUAGCAGCUGCAGCAUUGCGACGGCCAUUACAACACCGAUCUGCAGUAACAACAACACUCCAGCGACGAUUCUUGUCCACUGCACGCGACGAACAAAGAGCCCGAAGCCGUGCUGCAAUUGGUGUGUUUAACUGGAAAGCAGCAGCAUUGUUUUUGGGUACCGGUGCCGGAUUACUGUUAUACUUUCGAUCGGAAAAAGAACGUGUUGAAAAGCUUCGUGACGAAAAGGCACGCGAAACCGUGAAAGCAUAUGGUAAACCCAAGAUCGGUGGGCCUUUUGAACUGAUCAAUGCAGAGAACGGCGAGAAAUUUAACAGCGUCAAGGAACUCGCUGGACGGUUUUAUAUGGUCUACUUUGGCUUUACCCAUUGUCCUGAUAUCUGUCCCGAGGAAUUGGACAAGAUGGCUGAAGUCGUUGACAUGGCCAAGGAGAAAAAGCUCGACUUGGUGCCAGUGUUUAUUACAUGCGAUCCACGCCGUGACACAGCCGAGAUUGUCAAGGAAUACGUCAAAGAUUUCCACCCCGACAUGAUUGGUUUGACAGGCGAUCAGACCGAAAUCCGCAAGGUAGCGAAAUCGUUCCGAGUGUAUGUGUCAUCCCCGCCAAAUGUAGCCGAGGGCGAAGAUUACUUGGUCGACCAUUCCAUCUUUUUCUAUCUCAUGGAUCCGGAGGGCAAAUUUGUCGAUUGUUAUGCCAAGGAUACGACGGCCCAAGAAGUCGCUUCGAGUUUUGAGAAAUAUGUACAAGAAUACAAAGACGAGCAAACGAAAUAAAUUAUUAAUAAAUAAAGG